CCGGAACUAGGAAGCAUUCCCGGAAACGGCUGUGAAAACGAAAGGUGAUUGCAAGACUCACAAAUAAGCCUGUAAUAUGAGAGCCUGGAAGAACUUUUUAUAGAUGAAGGAGCAUGUCAAGGCUGGUCAGCUUCUUCAAAAACAUCAAAAUGAAGUGAAAUAGUGAAGAAGAAAAAGAAGAAGAACUGUGAAUCCAGAGCUCUGCGGACCUGCUACGUGAAAGCUGAUUCGAUCUGCCAUGUUUGUGACUGCAUAUCUAGCGUUUGUGGCCCUGGUGGUCCUGUGUGUGUGUCUGGAACUCGCAGCCCGGCGCAUUGCUUCUCCGCAGUCCAUUCAAGCAGCUGUUGCCAACCCGGCUUUCCUCUCCUUCCAGAAGAUCUUCUUAAAAACAUACCUUCUAGCUCUGUGGGCAGACUGGCUGCAGGGGCCAUACCUUUACAAACUCUACCAACAUUACAGCUUCCUGGAGUCCCAAAUCGCCAUCUUAUAUGUCUGUGGUCUGGCCUCGUGUGUGCUGUUUGCCCCUGUGGCCGGCUGGCUUACGCAGAUCCUGGGUCGAAGGCAGACGUGCCUCCUUUUCUGCGUGUCAUACUCUGUGUGCUGUCUCACCAAACUGUCUCAGGAUUACUUUGUGCUCAUCAUGGGUCGUGUGUUGGGUGGACUCUCCACUUCCCUGCUCACUACAUCCUUUGAGGCCUGGUAUGUGCACUGCCAUGUCGAUGUGCAUGAUUUCCCCAAAGAAUGGAUCCCUGUGACAUUCAGCAAAGCUGCAGACUGGAAUCAUGGGCUUGCUGUCGCCGCUGGACUUGUGGCAAACCUUUUUGCAGAAUGGUUGGAGCUGGGACCUGUAGCUCCUUUCCUGCUCGCUAUUCCAAGCCUGGCUGCAUGCGCUUGGAUGGUACUUUCUGGCUGGGAAAAGGAGGAAAAGCUGGAAAGAGGAGGCCAAAAGGACAGAAGCAGUGUUCAUCUCGGGCCUCAAAGUGCCCCUCAGACUCGAUUCCGACGAGCCUGUCUCGAAGGCGUACGAUUUUUGUUCUCUGAACGUCGUGUAGUGCUUCUGGGUAGUGUGCAAGCCCUUUUUGAGAGCGUUCUCUAUGUCUUCAUAUUUCUGUGGACACCUGUGCUGGAGCCACAGGGCCCACCCCUUGGCAUUGUCUUCUCCUGCCUAAUGGCGGCCAGCAUGGCAGGAUCGUCACUCUUUCGAUUGGCUACAUCAGCCCGUUACCGGCUUCAACCGGCCCACCUGCUGGGCCUGGCCACACUGCUCGCCUUCUUCUCUUUCUUUAUGCUGACGUUUUCAACGGCACCAGGCCAGCCAAAGCCCAGGGAAUCGUUCCUGGCCUUCCUGCUGCUGGAGUUGGCCUGCGGUUUUUACUUUCCUGCCGUGAGCUUCCUUCAGGGCCGUGUGAUCCCAGUGGAGCGCAGGGCUGCAGUUUUGGCCUGCUUCCGUCUGCCGCUCAAUUUGCUGGCAUGCUUGGGCUUGCUGGCGCUACAUGGUGAGGUGUCAGGUGCUGGUGCAGGAGAGACCGGAAGUGGCACCAGGCACAUGUUCGCUGGCUGUGCUGGAAUGAUGCUAGCCGCCCUUUUGGCUGCUGUGAGCUUCUUUACACUGGGGAGGAAUGAUGCAGACCUGCGGCUUGACGGGACCAAAGGAGAGGGUGAGAUGAAUCAGGAUUUCCAGUGAGUUCAUAAAGAUGGGAACUACUUUUUCAUGACAACCAGACAUGCAGCUGUCUGGAACAAUUCUUACAAUAAAAGCUAUAAGUACUUUAAGUACUUUUGUGACAUGAGUACAUGAAUGACAAAGUGGUCAAUGAUGUUGAACACCAAAGAUGUUACUUUUUCAUGGUUGCUCCUUUCAGUGUUGUUAUAUAUUAUAUUAUAUUAUAUAUAUAUAUAAUCAUGUAUAGCUAAAUUACAAUUUUUAAGUGAAUAAAUCAUAUUGGUGAGAA